UACCCGAACAAACCCGACCCGCCUGCCCGGUGGCUGUGGCCCGUGGGCUCUCUUCUCCUCUCUCCCUCUCCGUCUCCCUCCCUCAUGCGAAUCUUCUGUAGCAGGUUUCUUCGUGAGAUCUUCGCUUUGCUAAUUCGGUCCCUCUCAUGGUCGCUUCCCAGCGAAUCUUCUUCUCACAUUGCCAUUUGAUCCGUGGCCCGAGUUGGCAGCGAUUCCUCUGACUGUCGAAAGUCGAUUCUCUCAUCAACUUUGCGUGGCGACGUUAGCUAUCGCCGCGGGACUGAGAUUUUGGCCUUUGAGGCGGAUUGGAACCGACGGAGAAUCAAUAGUGGUUGUCUUGCAAUGUGUAAUCGUAAGGAUAUCGGUUUGCAGAGGCACGAGGUACCUUGAGAGGCUGAGGAUGGAGCUCUACCAUGUCUUUUAGUUUGUGAUUUGAGAGACACGUUGUCUUUUGAGCAAGGGAAAAACCUGUAGAGCUGCCGGAGGGAGCUACAAGGAAAAAGAUAACAAUGAUUAAGGCAGUGAUGGUUAUGAACACCCAGGGCAAGCCUCGCCUUGCCAAAUUCUAUGAUUACCAGCCCGUGGAGAAGCAGCAGGAGCUCAUUCGCAGUGUUUUUGCAGCUUUGAGCAGUAGAGCUGAAAAUGUGAGCAAUUUUGUGGAGGCUGAUGCAAUUUUUGGUUUGGACAGUCGUCUAGUGUACAAGCACUAUGCCACACUAUACUUCGUCUUCGUGUUUGAUAGCUCAGAAAAUGAGCUUGCAAUGCUUGACCUGAUACAAGUUUUUGUGGAGACGCUGGACAAAUGCUUCAAAAAUGUAUGCGAGCUUGAUAUAGUGUUCAACUAUGGCAAGAUGCAAACUAUUUUAGAUGAGAUCAUUUUUGGUGGCCAGGUCCUUGAGACAAGUUCUGCAGAGGUUAUGAAGGUUGUCGAAGAAAUAUUGAAGCUGGAAGCUGCCUCAAAUGCCAUCACACUUGUUCCCAAAACGGUUUCUAGUUGGCGGGGGCGGUAGCGCAUUAUCUACCAGACUGUGAAGUAGUUAAAAUUUGCUAACUCCACUUUUCCCUGUUCCUGCGAGUCCGUUAAGAAUGUAAGCUCCUCAGGGGACUACAUGUACAUAACAUGUUUAAUGGAACAAGAGUGUUCACUCUUUUCUCCUUAUUCUUCUUUUGGAUUUCCACAGCUUUGUUCAUUCCAGUUGUAAUCAAAGUCGUAGACCCAUGUGUAUUAUAACGUUUACUGUUAUCUACGGGCUUUUUGAU